CAUUUUGAAUUUUAUGCUCUUUAGACGCAUACAUAGCUAUCCAUGACUGGAUGUGCUUUGAAGCCCCCCUUGGCGAAUCAUAGUUCUGGUGCUGGACUUGCCAGUUUGACAUGUAGCAAUUUGUUUCCCAGAGUCCGAUACAUUGUCUUUCGUAUCAUUUGUCGUGGUAUUAUGGGUCUUCUCGAAAACUUUUGGGACGAUACAUUAGCUGGUCCUAGGCCUGAAAAUGAUCUGAAAAAGUUACGCCGGUACGAUUCUGGUCCUUUGCCAUCAUCUGAAGAUGUCCCAGUGAUCUCUCGUUCCAUCACCAUACCCAAAAGCAAUUGCUCCAAUAUCCGCGUCUCUCUGGAUGAUUCGUCUUCCUCCGGUCCUUCUUCUCCGGCGGGGUCUAGCACCCCUGGAUCCCCUCUCUCAUCAUGGACGUCAAGGGACACGAAGCAAUUGAUGAGGAUGAAAUCAACAUCGGCGGCAUUAGAACGAGCCGAACCUAGAAUCCCUACGGUUUACGAUUGGAUGGUGAUAAGCGCUAUCGAUCGAUAAACAACAACAACGAAACCGGAAGCUAUGGCCUCUCAUACCAGCAGCCAUUUGCUGGACAAUUUGGAAGUCCUGGAAUGCAAUAGUUCUCGAAAACAUCAAUUCCAAUACGAGUGAGGUGAUAAAUAAGGUGAAAAUUCAAGCUUAUUGCCGGUAUCACUGUAGUACAGUGUUAAAGUCACUGUAUGAUGAUACUAGUAACCUGAAUUUGAAACUCGUUAAUACCAAAUUCUUUACCUCAAGCAUACUGAUGGGCUCAGUGAUGAGGUUAUGAAGAUUCAUGCUUAGUGUCGCGCUCUUAAUGAUGAGGUUAUGAACAGUCUUUAUCUUGAUUCAAUCAUCAACAACUGGAGUAUCUAUUUUAGUUCUUAAUGUAACCGUUGUGCCCAUCAUUUAUUUUUUUAUUUUUUUUAUUUUUUUUUUGGGUGUGUGUUUGGGAUCUGUCGAGAAUUUGUUCCUCUUGCUUUUGUUGGGUUGUGAGUUUGCAUCUCUUGAGCUUGUUUUCCUGCUCUUUAUGUCUUUAUUCUAUUUUUAACCAUUUUUUUGUUGUUGAAGAAUUGGAAAUAUAUAUAGUAAAUAAAUAUAAUAUAUAAGUAUUUUCUAA